GCACCUCAAUCUUCCAAGAAGAGCCUUUAUUGGUGAGAAGGGGGGGGCGCUGAUGCAUGGAAAGGGCAGGAGAAAGAGGGCACCACUGGAGCCGGUGCAGAAAUGUCUGAGAGGCCCUUUGUCACUCAUCCAGGAGGCAUGACAACACAAGCAGGCUUUGAAUUCUCUCCUCUUGGCGAUCGUCUGGAAAGAAUGGCAGUCCAGUUUCAUCAGCGGGUGUCCUUCAAGGAGGUGGCAGUGUACUUCACCAAGAGGGAAUGGGACCUCCUGACUCCAGCCCAGAAAUCUCUCUAUAAGGAAGUCAUGCUGGAAAAUUACAGGAUCGUAGCCUCUCUGGAAAUAGCCAAACCAGACCUCAUUUCCUGGUUGGAAAAAGGAGAAGAUCCAUUUGUCCAGGAUCCCGAGGAAGAAAGGAGAUGGGAAGGUGAUGAUUGGAACUCUGAGGACUAUCGAAAACCAUCGCUGGUCUCUGUGGAAAUUAGAAACCAUGAAGAUGCAGAGGGGUUAUACAAGAAUGAAAAGAAAACUUUUAAAUGCAUAGAGCGUGGAAAGACCUUCAAUGAAAGGGGGGACCAUAUUAAACAUCAAAGAGCCCACACAGGGGAGAAGUCAUAUGUAUGCAUGGUGUGUGGGAAGAGCUUCAGGCGGAAAUGGCAUCUUGGAAGACAUCAAAAUACACACACAGGUGAGAGACCCUAUGAAUGUAUGGAGUGUGGAAAGAGCUUCAGUCAGAAAGGAUACCUGAUACAGCAUCAAAGAAGCCACACAGGGGAGAAGCCGUACCAAUGCAUGGAAUGUGGGAAGAGCUUCAGCAAAAGCAAAAUACUUUCUAAACAUCAGAGAACUCACACAGGGGAGAAACCAUACAAAUGCACAGAGUGUGGAAAAAGCUUCAGUGACAAGGGGAACCUUCGGCAGCAUCAAAGGACUCACACAGGGGAGAAGCCCUAUCAAUGCAUCAUAUGUCGGAGGAGUUUCAGCCAGGGUGGGACUCUGACUAAGCAUCAAAGAACUCACACCGGAGAGAAACCUUAUAAGUGCAACAAGUGUGGGAAGACCUUCAGUUGUCCAGUCGUGUUUGACUCUAGGGAGCGAACUCGCACAGGAGAAAAACCAUAUAAGUGUAUGGAGUGUGGAAAGAGCUUCAGUCACAGCACAGUGUUCACUAUUCAUCAAAGAACCCAUACAGGGGAGAAACCAUAUACGUGCAUGCAGUGUGGAAAGAGUUUCAAUCAAAGUGGAAGCCUUUCUAGACAUGAGAGAACUCACACAGGGGAGAAACCAUAUAAAUGCAUGGAAUGUGGAAAGAGCUUCAGUGAAAGUGGAAAACUAUCUCUGCACCACAGAACUCACACAGGGGAGAAACCGUAUAAAUGCAUGGUGUGUGGAAAGAGCUUCAGUGAAAGUGGAACACUUACUAAUCAUCAAAGAAUCCAUACAGGGGAGAAACCGUAUAAAUGCACUGAGUGUGGAAAGAGCUUCAGUCAGAAAGGAUACCUUACAAAGCAUGAAAGAAGUCACACAGGGGAAAAGCCAUAUCGAUGCAUGGAGUGUGGGAAGAACUUUAGUUACAGUGGCCCCCUUGCUAGACACGAGAGAACUCACACAGGGGAGAAACCAUAUAAAUGUGUAGAAUGUGGAAAGAACUUCAGUGCAUGUGGAACACUUACUACCCAUCAAAGAACUCACAGAGGGGAGAAACCAUAUAAAUGCAUGAAGUGUGGAAAGAGCUUCAGUGAAAGCGGAAAGCUUACUAAACAUGAAAGAACUCACACAGGGGAGAAACCAUAUAAGUGCACACGAUGUGGAAAGAACUUCAGUCAGAGCGGAAGUCUUUCUAGACAUGAGAGAGGUCAUACAGGGGAGAAGCCAUAUAAAUGCAUGGAGUGUGGAAAGAGCUUCAGUCAGAAAGGGUAUCUUAAGAAGCAUCAAAGAAGUCACACAGGUGAGAAGCCUUAUCAGUGCAUGGAGUGCGGAAAGAGAUUCAGUGAAAGUGGAACCCUAACUAACCACCAAAGAACCCACACAGGGGAGAAACCAUAUAAAUGCACGGAGUGUGGAAAGACUUUCAGUCAGAAUGGAUACCUUAAGAAGCAUCGCAGAACUCACACGAGGAAGAAACUGUGUAAAUGCAUGGAGUGUAGAAGGAGGUUCCUUGAAAGCAAAAUACUUAGGAGACAUCAAAGAACAUAUACUGAUGAGAAACAUCAAGCCUGGAAGGAGCUUCAAGGAUAGGAGGAAACAUCUUGAGAUAUCAGGGAAUCGUACUGUUGAGAAUUUUUUAUUAAGGAGCAUGUGUUGAAAGCGGUUGCAUGAGUUACAGUGUGAGUUUGGACAGUAGAGAAGCCACAGGGACAAAGCACGGGGCAAGCAUAGAAUGAUAUUCCACAUCAGCUCAAAAUUAGUAUCCAUCAGAUAACUGGCAUGGGAGAGGAAAUGUAGAAAUCUAUGUGGCACAGGAAGAAUUUGGAUUAACAGAAUCAUAGAUCUGUAGUGUUAGAAAGAACAGAGUCACCUAACCCUACAACCCUCCUUGUGUAGGCUGGAAGUCUCCAACUGCAGCAUUCUUGCCAAUCCAUCUGGGGCUCAAGAACCUGCAAUGAUGGAAGGGUUCUCCCCCUUCCUGGGGAGUCUCUUCUUUUAUCAAACCAUUCUUCCUAUCCACCGUCCAAUAUAUGUAAACAGGAUUUUUUCUGCCCAAAUGUAGAACUAAGCAUAUAUCUGUACUGAAAUUAUUGUUGUUGUUUUAAGCUGAGUUUAGCAUAUUUGAUGUCCUCUGUUAUUCUUCACGGAAGCCUUUUAUAAGGGUGGGGAGCCACCUUGGGCUCUAUAGUAUUCUACUUCUCACCUCUCUCCAGGAUGAACAGGGAUCCUUAGGUCUACUCUUUCGGUACAGUCCAUCAGUCAGCUGCAAAUCCACCCUAGUGAUAGCAUCAUCUACACCAGAUUCUAUGAUUUGUUGUGCUUCAUGUGUGUGUGUCUGUGUAAAUAUAGAUCUAUGAAUUUGUCAUAGUCUUCCAUGAAAAUGAGAUACAAAGGUGUUUAGUGCCGAAAGAAGUUUGGUUGACAUGGUAUUCUACAUACGUGGGGAUGAGUCUGGAUGAUCUGAAUUUCUCCU